AGUUUAGUUGUGAGUGUUUUGCUGUUUCGAUCUCCUAAAUUGUGCAAUGGUUGUUUUUUCGUUCCGUCAGAGGCUGUCGACGUCCACAGAGAAGCAGAGCAAAACAUCUGAAUGUGUGGAAGAACAGACAGAUGUUUGUAAAUUGAGAACACAGUGAACGUCGUGUUUCCCCGGAUUUUCUGCAACUUUUGGUUUUUCUGUAUUUGACUGAUCGAACAGUUAAGCAGAAAUGAAGGAAAAAACUAAGAACGCGGCCAAGACGCGCAGAGAGAAGGAGAAUGGAGAGUUCUAUGAGCUGGCCAAGCUGCUGCCUCUGCCGGCGGCUAUCACUUCCCAGCUGGACAAGGCUUCCAUCAUCCGGCUGACCAGCAGCUACCUCAAGAUGAGGAAGGUCUUCCCCGAAGGUCUGGGUGACGAAUGGGGGCUGUCAACAAGGUUCAGUCCUCUGGACAGCAUAGCAAAAGAACUGGGUUCUCACCUUUUACAAACUCUGGAUGGCUUUGUGUUUGUUGUUGCCUCUGACGGUAAAAUCAUGUACAUUUCUGAAACAGCAUCAGUCCACCUCGGCCUGUCACAGGUGGAGCUGACAGGAAACAGUGUAUAUGAGUACAUCCACCCGUCGGACCAUGAUGAGAUGACAGCAGUUCUAGGUCUUCAGCAACCCCAGCACAAUCACUUCUCUUCAGAGUAUGAAAUUGAGCGUUCCUUUCUCUUGAGGAUGAAGUGUGUUCUUGCCAAACGAAAUGCAGGACUGACAUAUGGAGGAUAUAAGGUCAUCCACUGCAGUGGCUAUCUAAAAGUACGUCAGUACAUGGUGGACAUGGCGCUGUAUGAAUCCUGUUCUCAGACAGUGGGUCUGGUGGCAGUUGGUCACUCCCUUCCCCCCAGUGGCAUCACUGAAAUUAAACUCUACAGCAACAUGUUCAUGUUCCGGGCCAGCCUGGACUUUAAACUCAUCUUUUUGGACAUGAGGGUGGCAGAGCUGACAGGCUAUGAACCUCAGGACCUGAUAGAGAAGACUCUCUAUCACCAUGUCCAUGCCUGUGACAUUUUCCAUCUACGCUAUGCUCAUCAUUUAUUACUGCUGAAAGGUCAGGUCACCACUAAAUAUUACCGCAUGCUAUCAAAACAUGGAGGCUGGGUGUGGGUGCAAAGUUAUGCUACGAUCGUCCACAAUAGCCGUUCCUCCAGACCUCACUGUAUUGUCAGUGUGAACUACGUGCUCACUGACACUGAGUGCAAGGAGCUGCAAUUAUCUGAAGACCAGAGUCGAACCAGCCAUCCUAUUUUCAGCCUCACUUCUGCUCAGGACCACUGCAAACAACUCAGAACCAAAGCAGUUAAGAUGAAGACCAAACUCAGAUCAGUUCCUUAUCCAGAGCAACCAUUGGACCACCUGAGCUGCUCUCCACAGAAGAAGUUGUGUAAGGAGCGAUCUUUGCACCUGCAGACCCAGCGAAGCUCCAGCUUGAGCACUGAAGCAAGUCAGGGUACCUGCAGCCCUGCUUACAAUCUGACCCUCCACUACCCCUAUAACUACCUGCCUCAGGGUGCUCAGAGCCAGCUGCCCGGCUCAGUUUCAACUUCUCAGCUCCCCCAGCAGAUGAUUGGUCCCCUACAUAGGAGAGGACCUGUUGGAUCACACAUCAAAUGCCUAGGACCUGUGCUAUCAGCUGAAAGUGGGUUCUCUCAUGAUUGUCCUGGCAGCAGAAGCCCUUUUUCUACAACCAGAUUAAAGGAAGAAGAACCCUAUGAACAUUAUACGCUUGUCCACAGCAAGAUGUCUGAGGUGUGUCCACAUCUCUGGCCUCACGGCACCAAGGGGAAUAGGCCUUUAGGCCAGGAUAUCCAACAUAGCACAAGAGGUCCUGGGGGACUUCGAGGUGACCAGGCCUUGGCCUACCCUUUGCUUAGUGGCCUGAUAAUGGAUAAAGGUGAGCAGGGUAGGUCAUUACACGGUGUAGGCCAAUCACUCCCUGUGCAGUUAUUGCUAGAGCGGAAAAGGAGGCUUUGUAUGAUGGAGAAUCCAUACAGCCAACAAGGUACAGGACAUCUAGAACCUACGGAUGGCCUCCAGCAACGUGGAGCUGCCACAGAUUUGCAGUCCAGGUCUGCUGACGGGGACAGGAGAAUGGUAAUAGGUAUGACUGCAGGGUUGGGACUUACACCCCAAGCUCCAUACAUGGCUUUGAAGUUUCGCCAAGUACUGGGCAAACAUGAUUCAAGUAAGGCCCUCUCUUUUACCAAAGUAAGCUGUGGCCACAGUUACCAAGAUAGAGAGACAGCCUCUUACAACUGUAACAGCCAGAGCUCCUGCUCCAGGUCGUCCCCUGAGAACCACAGAGAGAUCCUGCAUUUCAUUGGUACAUCUGUCAUUAUCACAAAUGAGAGGUGACCCAAGACAGAAGCUUAGGAGACUCCUUUCAGUGUGACAAAGUAUUAAACUGCAGAUGAUAAACUGUGACUCUGAGUGACAACUGAACUGUCUGAGGUGAAGAAAAGUUUACUAUGGGACCUGCUGUUAGAGCCCAAUUGGCCCUUUCUCCAUGUGAAGGAUAAUUACUGUUGCUCGUUACACAAAUGUGGACAGCUCUUCCCUAAGGAGACACUCAAGUAUCCUACUGUUGUGUGAUGCUACAGGUUUGUAAAAAAAACUAAGACCAAAUACUCCUAAACAGCUAGUAACUAAACUGUUAUUCUCAGUGUGACAGUUCACGCAUCAUCAGAUGUGUGAAGACAUGUAGACCUACAGAGUGCAACCUGCCAUCAGAUCCUGGUCUGGACUCAUCCACUCUCUGUACUGUCUCUGCGAUUUAAUUACGUCGUGACCUGACUGUGCAAAUAAGUGCAAUUCUCUCUCUUUGGAGCCAUGCAAAUGGAUCAUGUGGCUGUCUGGUAUUAAAAAAACAUAAACUUUG